AUGGCGGCUUCUUGCCCGCUCCCGGCGACCCCGGAUCUGUCCACGCUGCGUGCCAAGUUGCAGGGGCUGUUGCGGUUCUUGAAGGAUGCCCUGCCCAUUUCCAAUGCGCAUACAGUAGACUUCUACGCGGAGUCUCUGUGGGAGCAGCUGGUCGACUUGCCCCCGGAAACAGUGUUGGCUGUGCUGAGGAGGUCGGCGGCGGAGGCCUGGCCCCCUGAGGCGCGCCCCCUGGGGGAAACGGAGGGGGAAUCAGGUAUUUCUGAUUUCUCUAAAAUAUUUUGUGAAACUUCUCAGAAGCUGGUGAGUGUGGAAACCUUUGCUCUGGCUGCAAAAUAUUAUUCUCUACAAAACUUGGGAAUAUGUACUCCUUUUGAACAGUUGCUUAUAGCCCUUCAAGGAAAUCAAAAACAGAGAACUGGCCAAGAAAUAGAGCAUUAUGUACCAGAAGCCUGUGUCUCUUCCCCAUCACAACUCCCACCCCAAGGUGAAAAUAUGAAGCCAGAUGAGUUUAUGAAUAUGAAAAAGUCUCAUGAAGUUCAUAUAAUGUCAGAGCUGAUAAGCAGUAUUGCUGACUUUUGUGGAAUAAAGCAGGUGAUUGACCUGGGUUCUGGUAAAGGCUACCUAAGCUCCUUUUUGUCCUUGAAGUAUGGCUUAAAAGUUUACGGAAUUGAUUCCUCAAACGUCAGUACUCAUGGAGCUGAGGAGAGAAAUAGGAAAUUGAAGAAACAUUGGAGAGUUUAUCGUACUCGGUCAAGAUUAGAUGUCAAUGGACUGGCAUUAAAAAUGGCAAAAGAAAGGAAAGUGCAAGACGAAAUUAAAUGUAAAGCAGAUACUGAGAAAGAGUGUAACAACAGUGCUAUAAAUCAAGAAGAGAUGUCUCUCUCAGGUGUUUUCCCAGAUUUUUCAGAUCCUGUAAUAUGUAAUAUCAGGAAAAAAGUGGAAAACCUAUACGCUGAGCCGCAGCGAGAAGAAAAUUUGUGUUUCAAGAGUGUCUUUCCUUUGAUAGACUUUGUGCCUGUUAAUGCUGUAGAACCUACUUCUUCAUCCCAAGUAUCCAGCAGAGGAAUUUCUGAAGCAAAUAAAGAAAGAAAAAAAAUAACAUCAAAGUCAAGUGAAUCCAAUAUAUAUUCACCUUUAACCUCUUUUAUCACCGCAGAUUCAGAACUAUGUGACGUUAUUAAAGAUCUGGAGGAUUGUUUGAUGGUGGGUCUACAUACCUGUGGUGAUCUUGCUCCAAAUACUCUGCGGAUAUUUACUUCCAAGUAUGAAAUCAAGGGAGUAUGUAGUGUGGGUUGUUGCUACCACCUGUUAUCUGAAGAGUUUGAAAAUCAGCAUAAAGGAUGUGAAUACUUGCAGCUUGGACAAUUUCAGGCUGCCACCCUGCGAUCACUGAAAGCUGGGUUGAAAAGAGAUUCACACAGUCAGCUGUCUCUGAAGUCAGUACAGACCAGCUGCAUCAUAGCACUGGUUGUAACCCACAGUUUGAAAACCAUUGAUAAAAAUUUAUGUUUGCUACAGAGCAGAGUCUUGGAGCAGAGGGAACUUGUCAUGCACAAUGAAAAAGCUCCAUGGGGAGCUGCUGUUACAGAGAGUUUGCCAGACCAACGCAGUAUUUUCUCUCAGCACCUGGACUUUGCCAUUCUUGUAGUCAAAAAUAAAAAUAGCACAGUGCUAUCUGGACUGAUUCAUGAUUACACAGUGAUUUAAUGUAGAUAUGGCUCCACUGAGGUAAUAUAUUCUUUUUUACUGGAUGUUUAUUUUCUUUUGUAUAUACAUAAACUAUAACUUAGAUGCAUAUUCACUUGGGGUCACGUUCUCAGGCUGCACUUUUAAAUAAAUAAUAAGUGAAAUAUUAAUAUGUUGAUUAUAUAGUGGAACUAGAAGUGGAGAUGAGAACCAGAAAAAAGAAUGUGUUAAAUAAAUCUAUACCUGGCAUGCUCCAGAGGGAAACAAACAAGACACUAAAAUAUUAUUUUGCUGAUGACUAACUUUUUUUCUUUUUUUUGACUAGCUGUGCUCCUUUAGAAUCUUCUGUGAAGCAAAAGUGCAUACAUGGCUUAAACAGGGGCACCUCCUGGGGAGGGCAGAAGGAGUGAGCCGGUAGGGGUGCACCUGAUACUUAUGGAAUUGAGUAAUAAUUAUCGUGUUGUUAUGCUCUGAUUCUCUUUAAAUGUCUUAAAUUCUAGAGUCUUUCUCUUGUACCUUCUUUACAACUUGAAUCUUCAUUGACAUGAAGUUUAUCUUUUUAAAUGACCAAAUUUUUAUACCCGUAUUUUUUCCAAUCAUUUUACGAGAGUAGAGCAGUUUUUAGAAGUAAACCACUUUUUAAAUUAUCUAGUAAUUUCUCUGCUCAUUGUUCUGCUUUGAAUUUAUUCUUCAUUUUAUUAUAGUUAUUAUUAAUGCUGCAGAGUAUAGGUCCAAUUUAAUUGUUUUAUUAUAUUUAUCCUUUCAGUUUUAAUAUAUUUGAGAAACCAAUAAAAGUGCUUCAGAAAUCUCGGCAGUUCAGUAGAGCUAUUAAUUAACAUGCCUUUUAUCCUUGGAUAUUUUGAAUACCAUAUAUGCUUGGCCUCAUUUAAAAGCUGAAAUGAAAAGAAAUUUUCAUAGAAUUAUUCCAUAGUAUCUGUUUUUUUUUUUUUUUUUUUAUCUGUGCCAAUUUUAAAACAAAGUGCUGAGGUGGGAAAAAAGUUUCUAAACUUUUAUAACAACUAAAACCCACAUGCCAUCUCUCCUUGAGAGCAGGUGAGUCUCUACAUGGCAAGUCUUCACAUACCCUUGAUGGAUGCUUUUAGGGAGGCCUGUUUAUGGAGUCUUAGUCAAUCCUUGAAGAGAAUGAAACGGAACAGAAACAAAACUUUAAAAACAAAGAAAAGAGGCUGGUAAAUAUGUACUUGACCUUUGGUAAAUUUAGUAAAUUUUGGAAGACUAUAAGAUGCAUAUCAACCUAAAUGUUAUCUUCAUUGUUACAUAGCAUUAUAAAAAUGACACAGAUGUCACCAAAAUUAUAACAGGAGAAAUCUGGGUUAAAGGUAGACAUUUAUGAGUUAUUAGCAUAUAGAUGGUGUUUAAAUUAUAAACCUGAAUGCACUGUCUUAGGGAUUACAGAUGAUGAAAAGAGGAAGUUCAGGAGCUGCAUCCAAACCAUCACAGAAGAGAUUGAGAAGAUAAGACCAGAAAAGGGACUGAUAAGGAACAGCAGUACAGGAUUGUGCUGCACCAUGUUCUUUUACUUUACUUACUAUAUUGUAGAUAUUACCAUUUUUAGUAUAUGCAGAUCUACUGAAUUGGUUUUAUGCACUAAAAAAUAUUCUUUGGAGUGGAUAUACCAUAUUCUAUUGACCUCCUGUAUUGACAGGCAUUUUUUAAUUUUAUCCUCUAACUUUUACAGAUUUUUUACUUUAUCCAGUUUUAUAAUCUGGAGAUUAUUCCUGUUUAUGAUUUGAGAAAUGCCUCUAAUUUCAUGUUUUUCUAAAUACUAUUUAUUAAAUAAUUCAUGCUUUUUACAAUAUGAAAUGACACUUUCACGUAUGCUAUAUAUACAUAUAUACAUACAUAUAUAUAUAGACUCUUUUCCUUUAAUUUGUUUAUUCCUAUGACAGUACUGGAAACCCACCUGGUGUAUUGGUUAAGAGCUGAGGCUGUGAACCAGAUGGUCAGCAGUUCAAAUCUACUUGGAAACCCUGUGGGGCAGUUCUUUUCUGUCCUGUAGGGUUGCUAUGAAAUACAGCCGACUCAAUGGCAAUGGAUUUAUGACAGUACAACACUGUUUUAAUGUCUGUUGUUGUUAGGUGCCGUCGAGUUGAUUCUGACUCAAGCUACCCUAUGUAUAAUAGAAUGAAAUGCUGCCCAGUCCUGUGCCAUCCUUAGAAUCAUUGCUGUGUUUGAGCCCAUCAUUGCAGCCACUGUCAGUCCAUCUCACUGACGGACUUCCUCUUUUUCACUGACUCUCUAUUUUACCAAGCAUUAUGUGCUUCUACAGGGACUAGUCCCUCUUGAUAAUAUGUCCAAAGUGUGUGUGAUGAAGUCUCGCCAUCCUCGCUUCUAAGGAGCAACCCAAAAACCCACUGCCGUCAAAUUGAUGUCAACUCAUUGCGACCCUAUAGCAUCCUGGCUAUAAUUCUUCCAACACAGAUUUGUUCGUUCUUCUCAUAUUGAGUCAUGCCACAUCAGCAAAUGAAGGUCCUGAAAGCUUUACUCCAUCCAUGUCAUUAAGGUCGACUCUACUUUGAAGAGGCAGCUCAUCUUCUAGCACUGUAUCAGACAGUGUUCUGCUGCUAUUUAUAAGGUUUUCUUUGGCCAGUUUUUUCAGACGUAGAUACCAGGUCCUUCUUCCUAGUCUGUCUUAGUCUGGAAGCUCAGCUGAAACCUGUCCAUCAAGGGUAACCCUGCUGGUAUUUGAUACUGGUGGCCAAGCUUCCAGGAUCAUAGCAACACCCAAGCCACCACAGUACGACAAUCUAACAGACACAUGGUAGUUAAUGACUAUAGUUUAUUGGAAUCUAACAAGUUCCCCCAAAAUUCUUAUUUUUCAGAAUUUUCUUAGCUAAUCUCAUACAUUUUCUCUCUCAAGUGGGUUUUAGAAUCAGCUUUUUAAGGUCCAUAAAAAAUCCUAUUGGGAUUUUGAUUGGCAUUGCAUUGAAAAUAUAGAUCUUCUAGAUCAGUAUCCACUGUCAGUUUGUCAUACAAUAGUGGCUUCUGUGUUGCUAUUAAUCUGGAAGCUAAGCUACUGGUAUUUCAUAUAUCAACAGGGUGACCCUUGGUGGACAGGAUUCAGCAGAACUUCCAGACUAAGCCACACUAGGAAGAAAGGCCUGGCAAUCUACUUCUGAAAACCCUGUGUAUAUAACAAAAGAAUAUUGCUCUAUAUAAUGUUGGAAGAUGAACCCGCCAGGUUGGAAGGCACUCAAAAUGUAACUGGGGAAGAGCUGUCUUCUCAAAGUGAAGUUAACAUUAAUGAUGAGGGUGAAAUAAAGCCUUUGGGACCUUCAUUUGCUGAUGUGGUGUGACUCCCAAUGAGAAGUAACAGCUGCAAACAUCCAUUAAUAAUCAGAACAGGGAAUGGACAAAGUAUGAAUCAAGAAAAACUGGAAGUCAUCAGAAAUGAAAUGGAACUCUUGAAGAUGGAUAUCUAGCUGUUAGUGAGCUGAACUGAACUGGUAUCAGCCAUUUUGAAUCCAACAAUCAUAUGAUCUAAUAUGCUGGGAACAACAAAUCGAAGGGGAAUGUUGUUGCAUUCAUUGUUAAAAAGAACAUUUCAAUGUCUGUCCUGAAGCUGUUUGACAUGCUUUUUUGAAAUUCAGGUGCAGAGGUUGGAUAGAUGGUUUUGGAUUUCCAAGAAGAAAUCUUUGUUAAAGAUAGAACUUUAUGAGUUAUUAACAUGUAGAUGGUACAAGUAGUCCCUGACUUACGACAGUGUUCUGUUACAGUGACUCUGUCACAAGUCUGUUCUGACAUAAGUUAAAUACCUCAUUUUUUUGUUUGUUUUGUUUUCAUUAUUGUUGCAUUUUAUUAUCAGUAUCUUUAUAAAUCCAAUCUUUAUUUGUCUUAGGGGGUUGGAAACAUUGCUUUUAAAUAUCCUCAAGUGAGCAUCUGAGAAUAAUAUCAGCAAAUUACAUGCUGCAACAUUGUGUAUAGUACAUAUUACUAAUGAUAAGAUGUAUUUUUAAAAAACAUGGUCGUUAAAUGUAAGUUCAUGUAUUUUAUGAUUGUCUACCAUUUUGUCGUCUAAUGUGAUUUCCCUGUGUGUUGUAAAUCCUAUCACUAUGAUGUAAUGAGAUGAAUUAAUGGCAGUUAUAUUGAUGAGAUCUACAGGAUUACAUAGUGUCUUAAGCCAAUCUUGGUUGAGAUAUAAAAGAGAGAAGUGAGCAGAGAGACUCAGGGACCUCAUACCACCCAGAAAGCAGUGCUGGGAGCAGAGCACGUCCUUUGGACCCAGGGAUCCUGCACAGAGAAGCUCCUAGUCCAAGGGAAGAUUGAUAACAAGGACCUUCCUCCAGAGCCAACAGAAAAAGGCUUCCCCUGGAGUUGACACCCUGAAUUUGGACUUGUAGCCUACUAGACUGUGAGAGAAUAAAUUUCUUUUUGUUAAAUCUAUCCACAUGUGGUAUUUCUGUUAUAGUAGCACCAGAUGACGAAGACAAAAUUUGGUACCAGGAGUGGGGUGCUGCUCUAACAGAUACCUAAAAUGUGGAGGCAGUUUUGAAACUGAAUGGAGAGAGGACUGGCAGCAGCAGAGAGGCAGCAGCCACAGAGAACUGGCAACAGCAGAGCCAGGAGACCAGUGCCAGACAGCGUUGGAGCCAACCCACAGAACAAAAGAGCUGAGUGCCUUCCAGUCAAAGUUUACAGGUGGAGUGAGGUGCCCCCAGGCACUUAACCAUGGACCUACAGAGCUUUGGAACCGUUGCCCCAGCAGGGCAGAUGCAGGCGUGAGGCCCAAGGGCUGAGAGACCAAGGAACCAGGAAACAGAAGCUGAAGAGUCAAGGAACACAGGAAGCUGAGCUGCCUCAGUCUCAAAAGGUAUAGCCAGGACUUCUGGGGUUUCAAAUGGUGGAGCCAUGGCCUCUGGUUUUCUAAGGGUGGAGUCAUCACAGAUGGACUAGGGGAAUGGUGCACCUAAAACUGAGGGAGCAGAGUUACCAUCCCAGUGGGCCUGGAAGGUGAAGCUGAAGCCUAGGGCAGAGGGGCCUCUACUCUGAAUCUGGAGCGUGCAGCCAAUACCUAGAGUCUGGAGGGCAGGGCCAUUGUGUAAAUAGUCUCAGAGAACUGAGGAUUAUUUUCAAAACCUUGAGAGCUAAUGUAAUGUGUUCUGCCUAUUUGCUUGGUGCCUGUUGUGCCUUCUUUCCCUGCAAUUUCUUCCAUUUGUCAUGGAAAUAUCUAGCUUGUGCCUGCCUGCUGCACCAUUGUACCUUUGGAAAUGGAUAACUUAUAUUCUAGAUUUCACAGAUGAAGAGCAAUUUUUGGAUUUUGGACUUGGAAUUGAUUUAAGACUUUUGACAUGAUGUGAUGGGGUGAAUAUGUUUUACAUGUGGUAAGGACAUGAAUUUUGGAGGGCCAAAGGGUGGAAAGGAUUGAAUUGUGUCACCCCAAAAUAUCUGUCAACUUGGCUAGCACUAGAUGACUAAGACACGUUCCAGUGUAAUGCAUUUUCCUGAACUACUGUAUGCCUUCCAAUUAAAUAUGUGCUAAUUUUUUCCAGUCAGUUUUUUCUUCAGAAUAUCACUGUGGGGGCGGGGGGAGGUGGAAUCUUUCUACAUAUUUUCAGGCGAUUAGACCUGCAUUUUCCUGGCAUCAUAAGGUGAAUUACAGAGGGAGGAUGGUCUACUGAUUUAUAUCUCUCAUUUACAAAUCCAUUGAAAGAAUAGGAUUCUUUCCAUGUUUUUCAAUAAAUUGACUUUAAUCCCCUCUCUUCCAGUGUUACAAGUUUGUUUUUUUUUAGCUUUUGGUUGGGAUACUAGAAGAGAUUGGGAAAUCAUCUGCCUGUCAAAUAUCCUUUUAAGUUGGAAGAUAUUCUGGUAUUAUAUUUUUGGAGAUUAGUUAUCUCCUGUUGAAAACUUAGGUUUUGUUGUGUGUGUGUGUUUAAAGUCUUCCCCUAAUAUUCUCAUGGCUUGCUCCCUCAUUUCAUUUAAUUUUCUGCUCAAAUAUCAUGUUUUCCAAGAAGAAUUCUAUAUUAAAUAGGACAGAACUAUUGAACUAGUUAGUGUGGUAUGGAUCCUGUAUGGGUAUUCCUGAGGUGUUUUUUGUUUGUUUUAAUUUUUGUGAAAAUAUGCACAACAAUACAUAGACCAAUUUAAUAGUUUCUACAUGUACACUUUAGUGACUGGUUACAUUCUUCGAGUUGGACCACCCUUCUUGAUAUCCUUUUCCAAAUUAUUUCACCAUCAUUAACAAAAACACUGCCCUCCUAAGCUUCUCAUCUAACUUUUCAAGUUGCUGUUGUCAAUUUGAUCACAUAUGGAUAAUUCCAUAGAAGAACACAGUGUUCAAGGCAGACAUUCUUUUUUAACUAAGUGAACCUCUUCUUUAGUUUAAAGAUGACUUCAGGGGAUAGCUUUGGUUUAAGGGUUAAAAUUUAAAGAUUUCUUCAUGGCAAUAGUUGCAGGGGGUCAUCCAGCCUCGAUGGCUCCAGAAAGUCUACAGUCCAUGAGAAUUUUAAAUUCUGUUCCACAUUUUCCCUCUUUUGAUUAGAAUUCUUCUUAGAAUCUUUGAUCAAAACAUUCAGUAAUGGUAGCUAGGUACCCUCCAGUUCUUCUGGUCUCAUAGCAAAUAGAGACCAAUUAUUGUACCUUGGGUAGCCACUUACAAACUUUUAAGACCCCAGGCACAAUACAAUAAACUAGGAGAAACAGAAGCACCAAAAUAAGUAUUAGGACAAUUGGCUGGAACGUUCCACGAAAUCAUGACCCUAAAUCUUUGAACCAAGAAAAUAAAUCCUAUGAGGUGUUUGGUUGUCUAUAGUCAAUAUCAGCAGCUGCUUUUUCUUUUUUUGUAGAAAUAUAUACAACACAAUAUUUGCCAAUUCAGUUCUUUUUGAGUGUAUAGCUUAGUGAUAUCAAUUACAUUAAUCAUGUUAUAUAACUAUUACCCUUAAUUGAAGCCAGAUUUCUCUUUACCAUAAACAGAUACUCACUACUUCCCAAACAAUGGCUCUCUCUACCCCCUCCUCCCACCUCUGGUAACAGCUAAUAAACUUUGGUCUCUAUACAUUUGACUAUUAUCAUUUCAUAUAAAUGAGAUCAUACAGUAUUUGUCUUUUUUGUGAUUGACUUGUUUUACUCAGCAUGUCUUCAGGGUUCAUCCAUGUUGUAGCAUGUAUUAGGACUUCAUUUCUCUUUAUGGCUGAGUAGGUUCCUAAGUUAUUGAUCCCGCUAUCCCCUGCGUUUUGCCUCAGACCACAAUCAUCAUCAUCUAUUUAUCUUAGAGUGAUGUACAAAUGUCACCAUAUUCUGAGAGUUCUGUGCUAUAAAAAGUUGGGGAAGCACUAAGAUAAAGAUUUAUAUGCAAAAUGGAUUCAGAAUCUGAAUAACAGUGGCUUAAACAAAACAGAGGGAUAUUUCUCUUGCAAUUCAGAGGUAGGUGAUUAGAGUUGGUAUGGUGGCUCUGUACCACAAAGCCUUCCAAGAACCCAGAAUUCUUGUAUUUUGUUGCUUCAUCUUCUGCUGCUCUUGUCUGCAUGGCCCUAGUUGGCUUGCCACCAUGAUCACAUUCUAGACAGAGGAAGGGUGAAGUAAGGCAUUGGAGGUGUGGGGCAAAAGAACAUACCUCCCUCCCUUUAAGCAAAUGGCUGGGAAUUUGCACACAUCUUUCUGACUAUAACUCAUUGGCCAAACCUGGUUUCAUAGUCUGGUAGCUGAAAGGGAGUCUGAGAAUUGCGGUCAUUCACCUGAGUGGCUGAAUGUCAAGCUAAAAAUUGAGAGCUCUGCUACUACAUGGAACAAGGAGAAUGGACUUUGGGGAAACACGGUUUUAGUGGUUAGCACUUUUCCUAACCAUUCUGAAUAAAAUAGCACACCUCAUCUCUCUAGCCCCUUACUGUUCAUACCCUACACAUUGCUGGUGAGUCAAUUCCAAUUCAUGCACCCCUAUCAGACAGAGUAGAACUGCUCCACAGGGUUUCUAAGCUGCAGCUGGUGGAUUCUAACUGCUGACCUUUUGGUUAGCAGCCAAACUCUUAACCAUUACACCACCAGGAUUCCUCACUCUUGGCAGUAAGAUAUAAAUUUUUUUUUUUAAGCUUUAAGAAAAAAAGAAAUUAGUAUACUUACAGCAGUCCUUUCAUUUAAUGAUAAUCAUGUCUCAGUUAAAUCUUAAAGUCUUCAAUUUACUACUCAAUAAAAUUCAAACUAAACUGUUUCAAGUCAUCUUGAAAAUUGGAGAAGUAACCUAGUAUCCCUAGAAACCUGGAUAGGCUUCAAGAGCUCUAUGAGUCCUGUUCAAUUGUAAGUGAAAUUAUUUGUGUAUGUGCAUUUAUACGGCUUGAUGGUUAAGAGGUUGGACUCAGGAGUCAGGCUCCCUGGAUUUAAAUUCCAGCUCUGCCAUGUACUUACUAGAUUUGCAACCUCGGGCAAUUUAUUUAACCUGCCUGUACCCCAGUUAAAGAGUGACACAAUGGUUAAGUGCUCGGCUGGUAACUGAAAGGUGGGCAGUUCAAACCCACCAGCAGCUCUGUGGGACAAAAGACCUGGUGAUCUGCUGCUGUGAACAUUACAGCCUAGGGAGCCCUAUGGGGCAGCUCUGCUCUGUUGGUUUAAGGUCAUUGAGUAGGAAUUGAUGGCACACAACAAGAAUGUACCUCAGUUUCCCUAUCUGAAGCAUGAGUAUAAUAAUAGUACAUCAAUUUUGUAGGAUUUCUUUGGGAACUAAAGCUAAUUAAUACAUAUAAACCAAAACAACUAAAACCUGUUGCUCUUGAGUCAAUUUUGCCUCAUAGUGACCCUAUAGGACAGAGUAGAACUGCCCCAUAGGAUUUCCAAGGAGUGGCUGUGGAUUCAAACCGCCGACUUUUUGGUUAGCAGCUGAGCUCUUAACUACUUCACUACCAGAGCUCCAAUUAGUACAUAUUAAGUACUUUUAAUAGUGCCUCAUACAUAUUAAGUGCUGUAUGAGUGCAAGCACAAUUGUUUUUAAUAUUACUAAGGGGAGGGUCCAUAUUUUCUUUCUGAUUAUCAGUGGGGUCUUUAAUCCUCCCCUAAAAUAGUUUAAAUGUCUAUUAUAAAUAUUACAUUAAUACCUGAAAGAAACCUCUUCCACAGACUUUUUAUCUGCAUGAAAUUUGAACUUUCUCUAUUUUAAUAAAAAGUCAUCUGGUCCUUCUAAUGGACCACAUCUACCACGGCCUCCACCAGACUGAGUCCAGUACAACUAGAUGGUGCCCGGCUGCCACCACUGACUGCUCUGACAGGGAUCACAAUAGAGGGUCCCAGACAUAGCUGGAGAAAAAUGCAGAACAAAAUUCUAACUCAAAAAGAAAGUCCAGACUUGCUGGCCUGACAGAGACUGGAGAAACCCUGAGAGUAUGGCCCCUGGACACCCUUUCAGCUCAGUAAUGAAGCUACUCCUGAGGUCCACCCUUCAGCCGAAGUUGAACAGUCCCAUGGAACAAAACAAGACUAAAGGGACACACUAGCCCUGGGGCAGGGACUGGAAGGUAGGAGGGAACAGGAAAGCUGGUAAUAGGGAACCCAAGGUUGAAAGGGAGAGUGUUGACUUAUUAUGGGGCUGUUAACCAGUGGCAUACAACAAGGCGUGCACUGUUUGAUGAGAAACUAGUUUGUUCUGUAAACCUUCAUCUAAAGUGCAAUUAAAAAAAAAAUCAUCUAAUCCUUUGCAGCUUUGAAGUAUAUUUAGUGUAAUCUACCUCAACGGUAUUUUUUAAAGAGUUUUUUUUUCUUUCAAGUUUUUAGUUCUGUUCUACUUUUUUAAUCUAAUGGAAAAUUUAUAUUUACCUCAACUUUGUUGUAAUACUUUUGAUAAAAUUUAAGCUCUUAGUUUCCAGGCUUUAAUUCAGAGAGGAAAUUUGUUUUGUUUUCCUUUUGGACACCCUGUGUAAUUAAUAGUUCUAUUUUUUUUUACAUAAGUAGCUCCAGCAUUAACAAGUUGCAUAUGUAACUCUGUAGAUGAGUUGGGCAGUAGAUAUGUUACUAAGUAAUGAAUGUUGAUUUUUUGUUGUUACUUGAAUCGUAGAUGCAAUUAAGCCAAAUUGAAUCACAGUUUGAAAUAUUACAACCUCUUAAUAUAAUGAAAAAAUAAGAGCCUGUGGAGCUGUUCUUUUCCUGAAAAGUGAGCAUAGUGGCAAAAAAGUAAAAUUUGGUCCUUCAACAUUCAUAGGAAUGAAUUAGUAUGAUUCUGUAAUAAAUUGCCAAAUGCCAUUUUUUAAAGUCAUUGUUUUAGAAAGUUAGGUAAGCAAUAAAAUUCCAGUAUUUUGUACUUAUCACCUAUAGUUGCACUGAACAUGAAGAAUAUUUUCAUUUUCAAUUGCUUUUGUAAAUCUUAAAGAAAUAAUUUUGGCGAAUUGGUUGGCAUCAGACCUGGAGCUUAAACACAAAACAGGUGUUGUUGAGCAAAUACCAUCUUCAUAAUACUAAAAUGCUUUCAGUUAACAGACUGAAUUGAACUGUUAAACGUCACUGCUCCCAUGGUAAACUCCUGUUUGAUGCUCUCAAUGACUAAUUUGCUUUCUCAAUAGAUUAUUUACUUUUACGGAAAGAGGAAAAACUGUAUUUUAAUAAUCCAUUUUUUCC